AUGGAUGAGACCAUGAAACAGUUCCAAAAGCAAUUAACAGAACUGGAAGUGGAAGCUGAGCAUCUUCUUUUAGCCCGACAUCAGCUGGUUGAGAAUGAUAGAUUGAGAAAUGGGAAUAGGGAAGCACUUACUGCAUUAAGGAAAAGGGCUCGAACAACAAAGAGCAGUGUUCCAUCUCCUUUUGAAUCAAUAAUGAAGGGAGUUGCCAGGCCCAGCUCAAGACCUUUGGUUCAGGAGGUUUGCAACACCUGUGGCAACCAUGACUCUUCUGAGCAGACAUGGAUGAUGUUUCCAGGAACGGAUCUGUUUGCCAGAAUUCCAUUUCAUGCAGCUCAUACUAUAUUGGAAACAGAUCAAACACAGCUUGACUUCGAGUCCAAGAAACUACAGAGCAUUGUGAAGGAAAAAUCUUACCUUAUAUCAGAGGCAGGUGUUCUUGCAGACAAGAUAAGUCCUGGAGUGCUCAAAUCGCUUGUAACCCUAAAUGACAAGCCAAAGUAG